AUGGCGCCCUUGGGAGAUAAUACUAUAGAUCGAUCACAGGUUGACGACCUCAACGACCAAGCAAUCCUAAUCUGGACCGAGUUUCAAGUUUUCAAGGGACUGGAGCUGGAUACCGAAUGGGCUGGACAUUUCCAGCCACUGCUUCGGGCUCCAGGGCACGAGGGUUCCGGCUGGUUUGAUGCGUUAACGUGCUCUUACGUGGAAUUGUUCUGGAUAUACUUUUUGACACCGGUGACCGAUGCCCAGAAAACUCAGAUUUCGGAUUUGAUUGGUAUUCGUGAACCGGCUGUAGGGAUUGGCGGUGUGCGGCAUGGUGUGAAGCGUCUUAAAACUGACCUUCCAUUAAAGAUAUGGGCCAUUGGAACAGAGCUCGUGCAUGGCCAAGAAGCUCAGUUGAUGCUAUGGCCGCACUUCUGGACGGACGAAAAGAGCGCCGAGUAUAGGCAUGUUGGGAAAUAUAGCACCAGGGGCUAUCUCAUGUACGACGCGAGAACCCUACUAGAGAAGUUUGGUGAUAAGCUAGAAAGCGUCGGAGCCUUGGAAUGGAAGGAAGAGUUUUGUGAUUUCAAGCCAAUCACUCUUGCUUGA